AGACUUAGACCAGUGUACUACUGUCGUCUGCUAUUCUAAUCUCCCAGUCCCAGUCCCAGUCCCAGGACCUGAAAAGACAAGGAAAAGAAAAAGAAAAAGAAGCCCUAAUCCUCCUCCCUCGCCCUCACUUUCUCGUCGACUCGGCGCUCUCAACUCACCAUAUACACCACUUCUUCUCCAUCUCUACUCCCUCACCCGUUGCUUCCACUCCCUGAUUUCCCCACUCUAACUAAGCUUGAGUUCACAGCCUACCCGAUUCCAGCUGGGUUCGCCGGAGCUCUGGUCAACUCCGGCGGAUUUGUACUAUAUAUGUCUGAUUCAUGCUUCUGAUUUUCCGGAUUUUCGGUUGACGUCCCUUUUCAGUUUUAACGUUGGAGUCCUCAAAGUUGUCUAUCGGCUGCUUUCAUUGGAACUGUGUUGGGAGCUAAUGGAAGAGCAGGUAAAAUCAGAAUUGAGGGCAACUGGGCGAUUAGAGUAGUGUGUUGGUGUUUUUGCUGUUCUGUAUUUUGAGGUUUCUUUUUCUUUUUUGGGCGAGAACAACAAUGUUAAACAAGAUAAUGAAAAGAGGGCAGCGAAAGCCCUCCAAAUCUGAAGCAAUUGAGCCUCCAGUGCACACUACAUCAGCCCCCAAUGUGACUGUCAAUCAUGCAUCAAGGUUGGCUGUUGCGACACCACAACCUGUGACUCUUGCAACUGUCCAACAAAACCAUGGGACAGUUGAGGUCUUGCCGAUGUUGAGGGAUGUCCCAAUGUCUGAACGGCAUAAUGUAUUCAUCAGGAAACUUCAAAUCUGUUGUUUUCUUUUUGAUUUCUCUGAUACAAUGAAGUCCAUACGUGAGAAGGAGAUCAAGAGGCAAACCCUAGCAGAGCUUGUUGACUUGGUCCAGUCAGGCUCAUUUAAAAUGAAUGAGAUAAUGCAGGAGGAGUUGAUCAAGAUGAUAUCUGUGAAUAUUUUUCGGUGCUUGCCACCUGCAUCACAUGAGAAUACUGGUUCGGAGGGUGGAGAGCUUGAGGAAGAUGAGAUGUUCAUGGACCCGGCCUGGCCUCACUUGCAGCUUGUAUAUGAUAUACUUCUAAAAUAUGUGGUGUCAUCAGAGACGGACACCAAAAUUGCAAAGAGAUAUCUCGAUCACUCAUUUGUACUGAAAUUGCUUGAUUUGUUUGAUUCUGAGGACAUGAGAGAGCGGGAGUAUCUGAAGACAAUUCUUCAUCGGAUAUAUGGAAGAUUUAUGGUUCAUCGACCCUUUAUAAGGAAUGCAAUAAAUAACAUCUUUUAUCGGUUUAUAUUUGAGACAGAGAGGUAUAAUGGAAUCGCUGAGCUAUUGGAGAUUCUUGGAAGUAUAAUAAAUGGGUUUGCACUUCCAAUGAAAGAAGAGCACAAAUUGUUUCUUGUACGAGCACUUAUUCCACUGCACAAGCCUAAAUGUGUCUCAUCAUACCAUCAGCAGUUGUCCUAUUGUAUAACACAGUUCGUUGAGAAAGAUUACAGGUUGGCAGAUACUGUCAUUAGGGGGGUGCUGAAGUAUUGGCCUGUUACAAACUGCGGGAAGGAGGUCCUCUUCCUCGGAGAACUGGAAGAGGUUUUGGAGGUUACACAGUCUGCAGAGUUUCAGCGCUGCAUGGUUCCUCUAUUCAGACAAAUUGGACGAAGCCUCAACAGUCCACAUUUCCAGGUAGCUGAGCGGGCUCUCUUCUGGUGGAACAAUGAGCACAUAGUAGGCCUGAUUGCAGAUAAUCGACGUGUUAUUUUACCAAUCAUAUUUGAUGCACUAGAAAAAAAUAUAAGAGGUCACUGGAACCAAGCAAUUGUUGGUUUGAGCUCCAAUGUCCGAAGAAUGUUCCUGGAUAUGGACAGUGAGCUGUUUGAAGAAUGUCAGAGACAACAUGAGGAAAGGGAAGCAAAGGCUGGAGAAGUAGAAGAGCAACGUGAGUUAACUUGGAAGAAACUGGAGGAGGUUGCUUCUCAGGGUACUGGUGAAGACAACAUGGUUAUUGUUUAGUGAUUUUGAAGUGGAUAUUAAGAACAUAUAACUGAUAGGGACGUAACUUUUGGAGUCGGCAAAACUCUAAAGAUCAUCCCAAGGUAAAACGCAUGAAGACUUUUUGCUAUCUUCCUCUUUGGCUGCUUGGUUAUAACCCCUAAAGAAACAGAAACAACUUUCGGAAAAGCAAAUUAAGUCGAAGCAGAGGAAGAGGCCGCGAAAAGGGAGGUAAUAGUACUGUUAAAAUUUUUGUUUCACGCUAUGCCUUUCUUUUGUGGUUCUAUACUAUUUUCCAUCAUUUCAUUAAGAUCUUUCAUCGUAAGAAGUGAUGCACCUGUUGUUGUAAUCUCUCAUUAUUUUAUGGUUGAAAGUUUUUGGAAGGUUUCCCCGUUUUUCACAAAACAAAGGAAGUUAGGCGGAAAAAACCAAGCAUUGUGUUUAUUGAUCAAGAUUGUUCUUGGUGCUUUGUGAAUAUUCAUUCUAUUUGUUCCCUUUCUUA